GCACUGGGGACGAGCUCAAGUGAGUGAGAGUCGAGGAGUCGAGGAGUCAAAAGGUUCCUUCAAGCCCUCGCCGCUGCCUAUCGACGACUCGAGGUUCGGUGUGAGUGUUGUGUCGUGUCGGGACUCGGAAAUGUCAGUUGGGUCCAAGCCGUGGGGUCAGGCCGCGGCCGCGUCGUGUGUAUGGAUCAACGGAUUUGCAAUGAUCGUUGCGACGUGGUUCGGGGCCGAGCUGCCCUCUGGUUCUGGAGUCCUGAAGAUCGAUGACUGGUAUGUCACUGUCUCAAAGGGGGGGGGCUUCCGAGGGAUCUUCUGUGCUUCUUUGAUGGAUUGUCAGAAGAAACAGGUUUACGGGGUUUGUUCUAUGGGGUUCGUGUGGUCAUCAUAUCGAAAAGAUCUGACCCUCUUGUCUCUCCUCCUCCUCGCGAGUCCCCGCGGUGAGGAGUGGCUGGCAGGCGUGGCAGGUUUGAGCUGGUUGGUCUAGCGGCCACGGCACGGUAAGGCAGGCAUCGAAUAUCCCCUCUCCUUUCUCUGUCCAGGUAUCUCUCACACA